CGGUGGUCGGCGGUAGCGGAGCCCGGAAAAACGCGCUGUGGGCGUGAAGCCUGGCGCGGGUGCCCCGGGGGAGAGAGGGAGCGCCGGCCCGGCCCGGCCCGGGGUCCCUUGCGGUCCGCCGGGUUCACGUGUUUUCGUCCAUCAGCCCCUUCAGCCUCCGGCCGCGUACCGAGCGCGGCAGGCCUGAGCGGCAAGGGUUUCUCCGUUUGAAAACGGGUUCUGCGUUUCAGGUGAUCUGCAGAGAAAUAAAAUGCGUGAUAAAGCGUACUGACGGUGUUCAUAGGAAAGGGGUCGGAACAGGGCAUGCGUGCUAAACAUGGAGGAAGAUGAAGAGGAAGACUACAUGUCUGAUUUAUUUCUUAAACAGGAUGUAAGGCCAGGCUUGCCCAUGGUGAGGCGGAUGAAGGAAGCUAUUCAGAAGGAAGAAAAGCAAAAAGAAGCCAAUGAGAAGAACAGACAAAAGAGUAUAAAAGAAGAAGAAAAAGAGAGACGUGACAUGGUAUUGAAAAGUGCAUUGGGCAAUGAGAACAAAGGCUUUGCUUUGCUCCAGAAGAUGGGCUACAAGAGCGGCCAGGCCCUUGGCAAAAGAGAAGGCAUUGUUGAACCUAUUCCUCUGAACAUAAAAACAGGCAGAAGUGGACUUGGUCACGAGGAAUUAAAAAAGCGAAAAGCUGAAGAAAAACUGGAGAACUAUAGGCAAAAACUCCAUAUGAAAAAACAAGCAAAUGAACAAGCUGCAGAUCAGUUCAGAGUAAGAUUCAAAAACAAACAAGAAGAACGUAAGAUGGAAGGGGACCUCCGAAAAAGCCAGAGGGCCUGCCAGCAAUUAGAUAUGCAAAAAGAUAUUGAUGUUCCCAAGGAGACCUGGUAUUGGCUAGAACCUGAAGAGGAAGACAAAAAGGAUGAGGAAGACAAGGAAGAUGAAUGCACAAGCUCAGACUUAAGUGUAUCAGAAAAGCUGCACAUCCUGACUGCCUAUUUGAGAGAACACCACUUUUAUUGCAUUUGGUGUGGAACAACCUAUGAAGACUCUGAAGAUUUAUCUUCAAACUGCCCUGGAGACAGUGCUGCAGAUCAUGACUAAAGCUUUUCUAAAGGAAGGAGUCCUAGCUAAGUAAAAAUCGCAAGUGAUCGCUUGCAGAAAUACGCUGUCCUGGUCUGCAGCUGAUGGGCGUGAAUGGUGAUGUAACCCUUCUGGCUGAUGAGUUCCUCAAUGGCAGGAAGGCAAAACACCAAGGAAAAGACAUACCCUAAGUCCUGCUGUUGCUUCUGACAUUUACUGUUAUUUCAUCAGUUUCAACAGACAUCAAACUCUGGAUUUAAACACAGUCUGAAAGCCUUUCAAAAGGGCAUUUACCGAGUAUGAGUUUUAAGUGAGUUGUUUUUAUCAGACUUGAAAAACUCAAGUAUUUCAGAUGCAGAGUAUCUUCCUGAAGAGUCUCUUGAAAGCAUCUUUUUGAUUAUGGGUGCCUGCAAAAAGAAAUUAAAUGUCAAUAAAUUAUUUUUUAUGAGUAAAUAAACUAACUGAAAUAAUGUA